GUUAAAUAUUUGUUCUUCACCAGGAACCAAAUCAAUCGCCUGCGCAUCGGCGAGCUGGCACUAGCUGGAACCCACAACGCCGGCGCCUGGCGGUUCAACACUGAGAUCAGCACCGUCGCUCGAGACAGCUUCGUGCUGUGCCAAGACCGCUCCAUCUGGGCGCAGCUGGUGCACGGCAUCAGAUACUUCGACUUCAGGAUUGCGUACUACGAGUUUUAUACGAACGAAGACGAUAGGUAUUGGUUGAACCACAACUUAAUCCGAGUCCGUCCACUUCUACCUCUAUUGCGAGAGAUAAGGACUUUCUUAGACAGUACUAAAGAGGUGAUUUUCCUCGACGCUCAUCACUUCCCUGUCGGCUUCUACCAGCAAGACGGGACCCCCAACCGGGCGGUCCACAACGGUCUCUUAGACCUGGUGCGCCGGGAACUGGGACCCCACAUGGCAGACGCCAGGGUCUUCGGCACGGGGGCCGGGACCAGGGGACCCACUCUGCAGUCGCUGAUAGACGCCGAGAAAAGACUAGUCUUUAGUUAUGUCGACAACGCUAUCGUUGCAGAUAACAACUGGCUGUGGCCGGUUCUGCCUCACCUGUGGGCGAACACAAACAGCCCCGUGGAGCUGUUCCAGUACUUAGACCAGGCGAUCACGGUGUCGCCGCAGCCGCACGCGCGCUCGCCCAUGCACUCGGCCAUGGCGCAGACCACGCCCACGGUGCUCGACAUCCUGUUCCUGCGUGGCUCCCUGCGCGACAACGCCGACGCCGUCAACCGCAACGUCACCGCGCGCCUCGCCUCGCGCUGGCGGCAGCACGCCAACAUCAUCUCCAGCGACUUCUUCCUCGGCAACGACGUCGUCGACGUCUCCAUCGCGCUGACCGUGGAGCGCGCCGGCCGCUUAUGACGUCACCGCGUGCGCCCGCGCACCGGCGGCCUUCACGUGCGGACCCGCGCUCGCGUCGCCGGGGCCGCGCGCCGCUCGCCCUGGCUGCCGCGCCUCCAGUCGCUCCGAGCCAUACUCACCGACCGACUCAUCAAGCCGCUUCCUGAUCGGAGACAUCCGCCGCCGUGACACACUGCCACAUUCCAAUAACGCGGCGGACAAUAGUGAGAUAUCGUUAGGUACUUUUAUUUAUAGAACACGUGAACUAGUCCAUCGUACCUCCAAGGGACGGGCGUUUUGUAUAUAAAAUAUACUUAUUUGUUGUGCCAAACU